CUUAUCAUACCUUCAACAGAUUGGAUAGAUAUUCAUCAAUUAAUACUAUAUCCGGUUCAGUUUAUAAACAUUCAAGAGCUUGUGAUGGUUUUAACUGGAGAUGAAGUGAGUUUUGAAUGAACACCUGAAGGAUUAGUUCAUAGUUCUAGUUUAGAUUGAUUGCAACAGAUUAAAAGUAAGACAUGAAGACGAUGACGAGAAUACCGUUUGAGAAUAUUGUUUCUACAAUAAAAAAGAUUGCUACAACUACAAGUUCAAUAAUCAACACCACGCUAACAACAUUCUCAACAACAACGUCUUCUACAUUUCCAACAACAACAACGUUAAGAACGACAACAAGAGCUAUAACAACGACAACUACAACAACAACAACAACAACAAUGGCGACAACAACUGUAGCCCCACUUCCAGAGUCUCAUUUCUUCCUUUUUAUCGGAGUUUUCAUUCUCAUCUGUAUACUUCUGGUUGGAUUAGGGGCUGUUGGAUUAGCUAUGAAGACAAGAUGGGAUAGAUAUCAGCUGCAUAUGAUGCCCUUGUAUCAGUUUGAUCCUGAUCAGGAUGAUCUUGAAGCUGAACUACUGGAGUCCCCGGACCGAGGCAGAUCAGGACCAAACAGGACCAGGAGGGACUUCGGGACCUGUCAGAAAGCAGCAGUUCCACCUCAACUAGAUCUUCUCUAAACUCAGAAGUUCCAUCUCAACUAGAUCUUCUCUAAACUCAGUAGUUCCAUCUCAACUAGAUCUUCUCUAAACCCAGUAGUUCCACCUCAACUAGAUCUUCUCUAAACUCAGAAGUUCCAUCUCAACUAGAUCUUUUCUAAACUCAGUAGUUCCAUCUCAGCUAGAUCUUCACUAAACCCAGUAGUUUCACCUCAACUAGAUCUUCUCUAAACCCAGUAGUUCCAUCUCAAAUAGAUCUUCUCGAUAAACCCAGUAGUUUCACCUUAACUAGAUCUUCUCUAAACCCAUCAGUUCCACCUCAACUAGAUCUUCUCUAAACCUAGUAGUUCCAUCUCAACUAGAUCUUCUCUAAACCCAGUAGUUCCAUCUCAACUAAAUCUUCUCUGAUCCCUGUAGUUCCACCUCAACUAGAUCUUCUCUAAACCCAGUAGUUCCAUUUCAAUUAGAUCUUCUCUGAACCGGCCUUGUUAAAGUCUAGUUUAAAGUAAUUUUUUAAACGAUAAUACGGCUGAAAUGAACUAAAGUUCUUGAUUAAGUCCGAUUAUUAAUAUCGAAACUUUCAUGGAUUUGAUCUAAAUUGAUAAACAUGAAAAAAACAUUAUUAUCAAACGAUAAAAAUCUUGAUGUGAUAAAACAGUAUUUGUCCCUGUUAAGUGAGUGAGAUAUUUAUUGUUAUACAAAGCUUAUCCUGUUACAGGGUGUCCGAAUAUUCAGCAGAAUAGUUUAUUUGGACAUCCUGUAGAUUAUUCUAUCUGAUUAUAUAAUCAUUGUAAAUAUGUUUUGUAAAUGCUUAUUCAAUAUAUCAUAUUUAUAUUUCAUCUGAUUAAAUAUUUUAUUUAGUCCAUAUUUCAACUUAUGCUAUUGAUGGAGCAAUUAUUUUCUCUCCGUAAUUCAAAUAAAUCUAUAAAUAUAAUAUUAUAUUGUGUA